AUGCCCUUCUUUCCAGAGGAUGCUGCCGAGGCCGACGCCGCCGCCGUUGCUGCCGUUGAAACUCGUAACACAUACCGCCAUCGCCCUCUGCCCACACCUCCUCGUUCCAAGGCAUCAUCGACCAUGGCUGAGCGGCCGAGCACUAGCGGGGGUCUUUUGCCUCAUAACUACAGCACGGCCAGCUUCAAGACCUUUGAUAGACGCAUGUCCAAAGAUGAUAUGUACGUCAGGCCUCACUCUUCGGCUCGAGGAGGUUACAAGUCAUAUCACAUACCGAUACGGGACAACCCAGCGUCCCCAGUAGAGAGUCCCGGCGACUUCUCACACGACUUCUCGCCCGCGCGCACAUUCACCGUCAGGACACAGACACCAGACUCCAUGGACAGCAACAUGGGAACGAUCGCAAUAGGCAUGGCGAUAGGGAGCCCGACACACCCGCCGCCCGAGUUCACUGCGUCCCGCGAGUUCCUGGCAUCGCCGGUCCCCUCAACGAGAAACGAUUGGCAACCACAGGCAUCCAGCAUGAGCACCAGCAUGAUCAGGGCCUCGCCGGAACCACCGCAGGAAGCACCGGAACCUUCGCCGGCACCGAAACAGAAGUCAGGAAGAUGGAAACUGUUCGGGCGUUCGAAGAGCAAGAGACUGGCAUCGUCCCCCGUUGCCAUCUCUCAACCCAUGAACCUGCAGCAAUCACCAGCCAACGGGACAGACUUCGAUAGUUUACCGACGAGUAAUCAGGCCAGUGACUUGGGAAGACGGAACACGGAAAGGAGGCCGGCAGACAGCAAGCCGCCAAUGAUCCGCUCACACACAACCGGUCCGGUAGCGCCCCAAGUCCGAAAGACUCCAAGGGCCCAAAACUAUUGA